UCUUUGGGUUAACAAAGUGCUCAUUCUUGAAUUCAUAUGCCUUCGGCUUUUAUAAUUUGCUUGGCAAGCUUACUGUUUUAGCUAGAACAAGAUGAAGAUGAAGCUUUUACAGCUCUUCAUCACUGCAUCGAUUCCUGUCUUGAAAACCCUAUUGAUCACUGCCCUUGGUUCAUAUCUUGCUACUGAACGCGUCAAUAUUCUAGGGGAAGAUACUAGGAAGCAUUUAAACAGUGUUGUAUUUUUCGUGUUCAAUCCAGCGCUGGUUGGUUCCAGCCUUGCCGACCAUAACAUACAGACCAUAACAUAUGACAGUAUGAUUAAGUUGUGGUUCAUGCCUUUGAACAUCCUCCUGACCUUUGUUGUUGGUUCAAUAUUUGGAUGGAUACUCAACUUAUUAACAAGAACUCCUCCACAUCUUCGAGGCCUUAUUAUCGGUUUCUGUGCUGCUGGAAAUUUGGGGAACUUGCUCCUCAUAAUAAUCCCAGCUGUUUGUAAAGAAAAAGGCAGUCCAUUUGGAGCUCCUGAUGUUUGUUAUAAUUCUGGAUUGGCAUAUGCUUCACUUUCAAUGGCGAUAUCUGCUGUUUAUCUGUGGUCAUAUGUUUAUAAUAUUAUGAGAAUAUCUUCAAAGAAAUGCACUCUUGAUCAAGACACGAUCCAAUCUUUGGAGGGGAUCUCCAUAUCAAACCAACAGAUUAUGGCCCCUCCAGGGAAACUAAAGAAGCGUAUAAUGAAGGUGGUUAAAAAGCUCAACCUGGAAACGGUCUUUUCCCCCUCAAUAGUUGCAGCGAUCAUUGGCUUUGUAAUCGGAGUCGUCCCACCAGUGCGAAAUGUAUUCAUAGAAGAUGGCGCUCCUCUACGGGUGAUUGAUGACACUGUUUCCUUGUUGGGGGGCGGAGCUAUCCCAACUGUGACUUUGAUUAUAGGAGGAAACCUCCUCAAAGGUCUGAGAGGAUCUGGAAUACGUACUUCUCUGGUUAUCGGCGUCAUCGUUGUUCGUUAUGUCGCACUGCCUCUCACAGGCAUAUUGAUCGUUAAAGGGGCAACGAAAUUUGGAUUAGUACACUCCGAUCCAUUGUAUAUGUUUGUUCUCCUCCUUCAAUUUUCACUCCCACCCGCAGUCAACAUAGCAACCAUCACCCAAUUGUUCGGAGCAGGAGAGAAGGAGUGUUCAGUUAUUAUGCUGUGGACUUAUGUUCUUGCUUCUCUAGCGCUUACGUUUUGGUCUGCCUUCUUCAUGUGGCUUGUCGCCUAACUCUUCAGUGUCAUAUAUUAAUGUCAUAUC